ACAGAAUAAAUAUUCCGCAAGUGGCAAUUAUCCUCACGAUUUCUUCACUCACAGCCCGCACUGCCAUUAGAGCAACUACGAAGCUUCUCCAGCCGCUCGCCGAUUUCGGGCAGAAUGCUGGCUUCAUCGCGGUCCGAGAAGGAGAAGGCUGUGAAUGUGCAGGUUCUUCUCCGUUGCAGGCCUUUUAGCGAGGAUGAGCUCCGCAGUAAUGCGCCGCAAGUUAUAACGUGCAAUGAAUUUCAAAAGGAGGUGGCUGUUUCUCAGACUAUCGCUGGGAAGCUGAUUGAUAGGGUAUUUACAUUCGAUAAGGUCUUUGGUCCGUCAGCUAAACAAAAGGACUUGUAUGAACAAGCCAUAACUCCCAUUGUAAACGAAGUCUUAGAGGGCUUUAAUUGUACAAUUUUCGCAUAUGGUCAAACAGGCACCGGUAAGACAUAUACUAUGGAAGGAGAAUGCAGAAAAGCUAAGAAUGGACGCAAAGGCCAGUUACCUUUAGACGCAGGUGUCAUUCCUAGAGCCGUAAAACAGAUUUUUGACGCAUUAGAGUGUCAACACACUGAAUACAGUGUGAAGGUUACUUUUCUCGAGCUGUAUAAUGAAGAAAUCACUGAUUUACUAGCUCCGGAGGAGUUAUCUAAAAUUGUUUUGGAGGAAAAACAGAAAAAACAAUUACCACUCAUGGAAGAUGGGAAAGGAGGAGUUUUGGUGAAAGGUCUGGAGGAAGAGAUAGUGACGAGCGCUGAUGAAAUAUUUUCUCUUUUAGAGAGAGGGUCUUCAAAACGUCGAACUGCUGAGACAUUGUUAAACAAGCAAUCUAGUCGAUCACAUUCAUUGUUUUCAAUCACCAUUCAUAUUAAAGAGGCAACUCCAGAGGGUGAAGAGCUUAUUAAAUGUGGGAAGUUAAAUCUUGUGGACCUUGCUGGCUCUGAAAAUAUUUCUCGAUCGGGCGCUAGGGAUGGUCGUGCAAGAGAAGCUGGGGAGAUAAAUAAAAGUUUACUUACAUUAGGCCGUGUUAUUACAGCACUUGUAGAGCACCUUGGUCACAUUCCAUACAGAGAUAGUAAGCUGACACGUUUACUUCGGGACUCCUUGGGCGGGAGGACUAAGACAUGUAUAAUUGCUACAGUCUCACCAUCUGUACAUUGCCUUGAGGAGACACUUAGCACUUUAGAUUAUGCUCAUAGGGCAAAGAACAUAAAAAAUAGACCAGAGGUAAACCAAAAAAUGAUGAAAUCAACACUAAUUAAGGAUUUAUAUGGAGAAAUAGAGCGCCUUAAAGCAGAGGUUUAUGCUACUCGCGAAAAAGUUGGAGUUUACAUACCAAAAGAGAGGUACUACCAAGAGGAGGCUGAAAGAAAGGCAAUGAUAGAUCAAAUUGAACAAAUGGGCGUGUUGCUUGAAAACAAUCAGAAGCAAAUAGAUGACCUUCAAGGAAAGUAUGAUUGUCAACUGCUGAAGUCUAUUGAUCUGAGUAAAAAGCUAGAAGCUACAGAGAGAAGCUUGGAUCACACUAGCAAACUACUAGGCACAGCAAAGGAAGAUCUGCAACAUGCCAAUUAUAAAUUGAAGGAGAAAGAUUUUGUUAUUGCAGAGCAACGGAACGCAGAGAAUGCUUUGGCACAUCAAGCCUGUGUUUUGAGGGCUGACUUAGAGAAAUCUAUACAGGACAAUGCCUUACUAUUUUCUAAAAUAGCUAGAGAAGACCAACUAAAUUAUGCAAAUAGGUCAUUGGUUGACAAAUUUCAAGCUGAUUUGGCAAAGAGAAUCAGUACUAUUUGUAGCCUUCUUGUUUCAUCCAUUAAAAGACAGAAUAAACACCUACAGUCAGUUGAGAAUCUUAGCAAGUCAUGUCUAGAUUUUCAUGAUAAGGCUCUAAUUGAGUUGGAAAAGAAGGUUUCUGCAUCAAGGUUGAUGUACGCGUCUCACACAGAAGGAAUACAGAAUACAAUUCGCUUGCACAAAGCAACAAAUAAUGCAAGCUUGGAGGAGUUGUCAAAUAUGGCUUCUGAAAAUAGCUGUUCUCUUGAUCACCUACUUGCUCUCGGUGGAGCCGAUGCAAAUUUGAUUUUCACUGAUCUACAAGGCACUUUAUCUAAUCUCAGAGGAGAAAUUGCACAGUUUACAAGGGAGCUUCGUGAGAGAUUCAAUACUAGUUCAGAUCAUACAAAUGAAAUUUCCAGCUUUGUUUUUGAACUUCUCGAUGAACUAAGAGAAAAAUCUAAUGAGCUUCAAUGCCAUUCAAUUCGGGUUCAUGAUGCUCAAACCCAAAGCAUCAAUGAAUUCCAGAAGGCCUAUGAGGAGCAGAUAAGAUCCGACGCAGAGAACCUUAUAACUCAAGUCACAACCUUAGUUUCCACUCAAAUGAAUCGACAGAAAGCACUGGUUGAUGCCAAGCUCAACGGUCUGAGAGAUGCUGCUUUGGAAAACAAAACUUUCCUCGACAAACACACAUCGUCGGUGGCCGUCGUAACUAGCGACGCAAAGCGAAAAUGGAAGGAAUUUUACGUGCAGACGCAGAAUGAUUUGAGGGAUGGUUCCGACUUCUCUAGUGUGAAGCACUGUAGAUUGGAAGCCAUACUUCAACAAUGUGUUAAUACCGCUGAUGCUGCAUCCCAACAAUGGGAGAAGGUCCAUGAUUCUGCCGGAGAAAUGAGCGCCAAGCAUGUUAAAGACAUGGAGGCUCUUGUUAGGAACACUAUGGAGAGCAAUGACCAACAUGAUACUGAAAUUGAUACCUUGCGUUUGUUAGUGGAUGAACAUGCUAAGAAGCAUAGCACAGAAAUCAUUAAUCACUUCGACGCCGUGUUGGAAUAUGAGAGAGAAUCAGUAUCACGGGUGAUGGAAGCAGUGGAAGCCCACUCUUCAUGCCUGCAAGAGCUUACCAAAGAUCAUACUAGCAUGGCUUCCAACAUCGACUCCUGCACUAGAACUACUUUUGAGCAGGACUAUAUGGAUUAUGAGCCUAGUGGGGAGACUCCAUUGAGGUCCGAACCAGACUUGCCGAGCAAAGGGAUGAUUGAAUCGCUUCGAACAAUGCCGAUGGACGCUCUCCUUGAGGAAUUCAGGGAGAAUAACCCAUAUGAAUCCACAAAGGAGCCCAAACCAUCUCUCAUACCCCGCUCUCCCCUCAUCCAGCUGAACUAGAGAAGGUAUAUAAUGGUGUCUUUUUGUUACAUUUUUUUAUGAUGAAUUCUGAAUGUUGGGAGUUUACUCAGCUCCCUUAAUCACACAGCAAUGUUAAUUAAUUGACUUUGAGCAUGAUUUGUUGUGGUAAAAAAAGAUUAAUUGGCUUGAGAUUCCGCUAUAUCUUGUAAGCAUAUGUAUUGAUAGUUGGUGUUAUUAAUAGCUUUGUGGAUGUUUUGAGUAUGAUAUAUAACUUUGUAGUCAUGUUAUUAAUAA